GGUUGGCAACGUGAAAAGUGGGCGGUGACCAAUUUACGUGUGACGCAAUAGCAAUAGACAGAAUAGGGCUACAAAAUGGCUCUGAAGACUGUCGUCGGCUUGAAAAUUACAAAUGACGUCAUACGAGCUGUCAGAAAAAAAGGCGAAUGGAAAGUGCUCGUGGUGGACCAACUUGGAAUGCGGAUGAUAUCUGCAUGUUGUAAGAUGCAUGAACUUGCAUCUGAAGGGAUCACAAUUGUGGAAGAUCUCAACAAGAAGCGGGAGCCUUUGCCAAACAUCGAAGCUGUGUAUCUGAUUACGCCAACUGAGAAGUCUGUCCGAGCCCUGAUGAAUGACUUCCAGACGCCAACACGCCACAUGUACCGAUGCGCACAUAUUUUUUUCACAGAGAAGUGCCCUGACGAACUUUUCAAUGAAAUGUGCAAGUCUCCAGUUGCAAAAGUCAUUAAGAGCCUGAAGGAAGUGAACAUUGCCUUCUUGCCCUAUGAAAGUCAGGUCUUUUCCCUGGAUACACCAGAAACCUUUCAGUUUUACUACAACCCCAACCGCAUCAACGAGCGUGCUGCUAACUUGGAACGCAUUGCGGAGCAGGUUGCAACCCUGUGUGCAACACUCGGAGAGUACCCAUCACUGCGAUACAGAAGUGAUUUCGAUCACAACGUGGAACUGACUCAACUCAUCUAUCAGAAACUGGAUGCAUACAAGGCAGAUGAACCAACGAUGGGAGAGGGCCCCGAAAAAAUGCGGUCGCAGCUCAUCAUCUUGGACAGGGGAUUUGACUGCGUCUCUCCACUACUGCACGAGUUGACCUUCCAGGCAAUGGCGUACGACCUUCUGCCAAUCGAGAACGACGUCUACAAGUUUGAAUCAACGAGCGGGAACGAUGUGCGCGAAAAGGAAGUGCUCCUCGAUGAAAAGGAUGACCUCUGGGUUGACCUUCGUCAUCAGCACAUUGCUGUUGUAUCACAGCAAGUGACAAAGCAGUUGAAAAAAUUCAUCGACAGCAAACGAAUGACAUCCUCCGGUGACAAGGCCGGCCUGAAGGAUUUGACUACUAUGAUCAAAAAGAUGCCCCAGUACCAGAAAGAGCUGAGCAAGUACUCAACACAGCUACAUUUGGCAGAGGACUGCAUGAAGUCCUAUCAGGGAUACGUAGACAGGCUGUGCAAGGUUGAACAGGAUCUCGCCAUGGGAACUGAUGCCGAGGGUGAGAAGAUAAAAGACCCCAUGAGGAACAUCGUUCCCAUUCUUCUGGACACCACCGUGUCCAACUUCGACAAGAUACGCAUAAUACUUCUUUACAUCCUUUCGAAGAAUGGAAUCUCGGAAGAAAACCUCACCAAACUGAUCCAGCAUGCACAGAUACCAGCAACGGAGAAGUGCAUCAUCACAAAUAUGGCACACCUUGGAGUAAACAUUGUUACAGAUCCACGGGAGGUUGAGAAACCGCCACCGUUCAACUCCCACACUCCCCUACUGUUAUCUCAACAGUUUACCAAUGAAGUUCUGGGACUAGGAAGCCGGAAAAAAAUCUACCAGGUCCCACGCAAGGAACGGAUUACUGAACAGACAUAUCAGAUGUCGCGCUGGACUCCAGUCCUGAAGGAUAUCAUGGAGGAUGCAGUAGAGGACAAACUGGAUGUCAAACAUUUUCCGUUCUUAAGCGGAGGAAGGGUGGUUCCAACCGGUUAUGGGAGGUCUGCUCCAACAAGCCAGCGCUAUGGACAUUGGCACAAGGACAAGAACACCCCAAACGUCAAGAACGUACCACGGCUGAUGGUAUUUGUGAUCGGUGGCAUCACGUACUCCGAAAUGCGAUGUGCCUACGAAGUGACUAAAGAGCUGAAGAACUGGGAAGUGCUUAUUGGGUCGGAUCACUUGCUCACUCCAGAAGGGUUCCUGAGUGACCUCCGUGACCUGAGCAACUGAAGGAGGAGUGGAGCGGCGGCCGCCUUUACAGCAGAGCAACGAUCCGAAAGACGACAUUCCUCGAGCGUUGUGCACCCCACCCCAAUCACUGCUAAAGCUACAAAGGGGGAGGCACUGUUAAACAUUCACAUAAGCCAAUCAAUGUGCACCCUCUUGUAAAGACACACUGGUGUAACUAUAAUGCUCCUUGGGUAGGAAGCAGUGUGCUUAAGCCAUUCUCUAAUCCUGCAUUUUACAUCUAUGCUCUUUGUCUCAUUAUAUGCUAGAACAGCAUAAUGAAUACUUGAUUCCUCCAAAUGCAUGUCAACUGUUCUCCCUGUGCUUCAUGCAUGGCAAUGUGAUAGAUUAAACGUAAGCUAUCACGAAGUAGAACAGGUGUGUUGGCUGCAUCCGUAAUGUUUGUUAGCCCUCCCAGGACUUGUUGCCAAUGGGGGGGAAAAAAAAAAUACAGCUUGCACAAGGUAUAUGUAAGAACCUUAUUUAGUGUUUAACUCUAAACUAGUCAUUUGUGCUAUGCCACGUGCAUAUAUUUACGUCGAUGGGGGUGAGAGCUUUUUGCCGUCAUGUUGUGUUUUAUGGUUGUACAUGAAAUCAAACUUGAAUAAAUUAGCUUCAUAACAGAA